AUGCUAUGGACGACACCGCAAGCAGGUCCAGACCGACCAAUGAUCUCCCAGCCCACUUCGACGCUUAUACGCUCCUACAUCGUCUGGUCGCUUGUAUCGCUGCCUUACGUCACGGAUAUUGCUCCGGACCUCAUCCAAUGGUCCCGCAGCACCAGUCUGCCAGGCGUACCCUCUUUCGCUACGUGGCUCGUUCGCAAGACUUUUUUUGGACAGGUGAGCGCCUGCGCUCGGGUGUAUGCAAAGCAGAGCGAGGCUAUGUUAAGCUUGCCAUUCGCUCUCAUUUGGCGCAGUUUGUUGGAGGCGAGACGGUGGAGGAAUGUGUUCCGCUUAUUCGGUCCUUGGCAAUUGCCAACGUAGGCACGAUGCUCAAUCACUCUUGCGAGGUGAAGCAUGCAGAGAUGUGCCAUUCAGAGCGUGGCAGCGACAAUGCAAAGACGGCUAGUUCGGCCGUUCACCUUCGUCUUAUUGAAGCGGCAAAGCACUCGAUCCAAGUCGCGUCGGAUCUUGCUUCAGGCAACGUCGAUGCGAGCGGUUGCCCUGCCAGCGACGGCACGGACGAGGUGCCGCCAGGUAGCAUCAUGGUGGCCAUCAAGCUUUCUGGCUUGCUUGCGGACUCCUCUGUCCUCGAGAGAGCUUCAGCGUCGAUCGUGCCGCGAGAGCACUUCAGUGAUCCUCCAGCUCCAGCUCCACCACGCAUCUCGACGAGCGGUGCGCCACUAGUCAUCCCAAUGAGUGCACGCGUCAAGCUGACCGAGGAGGACAUCAGCACAAUCACAGAGCUGUGGAGGCAGUUACGGGGCGUGGCUCUUUUGGCAAAAGAGAAGAAGGUCAGGUUGUUGAUUGAUGCGGAGUACUCGUGGUACCAGCCCGCUAUCGACGCGAUGUACGACACUCUGGCGCAGGAGUUCAAUGCGCUUUCCAGUGCUUCAGCAAAAGGCCACGAAUCGCCUCUCGUAUUCAACACUUACCAGGUGAGUAGCAAAGCAAAUCCUCGCACCUGAGCAAGCUACGAUAAGCUCCGAGCGAUGCCGAGUCUGACUACGGUGAUGCAAACUUUCUAGGCCUACCUCAGAAGAACUCCAUCACAUCUCGCCUCGUCAUUGCAGCGCGCAAAGAAUGGCCAAUAUGGCCUGGGAGUCAAGCUCGUACGCGGUGAGCUUUCGCGAAUUGCAAAGUAUCGAGCCCGUUCGAGAGCUCAUCCAUGUCUUUCACCAUGAUUAGGAGCCUACGUUGAGAUCGAGAACAAUGCAUGGCAAAAGCAUCAAGUUGCCACGCCUCCAGUCGAGCGCAAGCUGAAGGCUGCGAGGGCCAAAGAGGGGCAAUGGAACAGUCCGGUUUGGUCAAGCAAAACGCUUACGGACGAAUGCUAUGAUGCUUGUGCAGAGCGCUUGCUACAGGAGAUUGCGGAUGAAGUCGACAGGCCCCUUGGCAAACGUGGCGGACCAGCAAGAUUGUCUGUCGUCUUUGCCUCGCACAACGUGUCGUCUGCUGUCAGGGCGCUAGACAUGAUGCAGCGUGGCGGUCUGGUGCAAGCUGCGCCUACAGAGCAGAAUGUCUCCCUCCCCGACGAUCAGCCGCCUCGCGGAUUGGUCCCGAUCGACUCGAUCAAUGGUCGGAUCCUCUUCGCGCAGCUCCUAGGCAUGGCGGACCCUCUGACAAGGAUGUUGCAGCACGCCUUCAAGGACGCAAGCUCGAAGAAGCAGACUCCACUGGUGUCCAAGUACGUGCCUUGGGGCGCUUUGGACGACGUGAUGCCUUACCUGAUGCGUCGGGCGCAGGAAAACAAGAGUUUAUCUACUGAAGGAGCCAAGAACGAAAGACGAGCCAUUCGUUCCGAGCUUAGAGUACGACUAGCACAAGGGCUCUUUGGGAUCGCGCGAUCGGAUGUAUAG